ACCGUUAGAAUUCAUCAUAAGAAAAAGAGAAAGAAAAGGGAGAUGACUACGAAGAAUUUACAUGCCCUCGUAGUUUUUGGCUUUGUGUUAGGUCUUGUAUCUCCAUCUUUGGCUACAAAAGGAACAGCUGUAUACUUUACAAGAUACUAUCCAAAUGCUUGCUAUAAACUUCCAACCGGCAUUAAAUUUGUGUCCCUCAGCGAUCAAUAUUGGGAUGGUGGAGCUAGGUGCGAUAAAAGGUACAAUGUGACGUGCAUAGGGCCAAGAAGCCAAGGUUCCGCCACCCCUUGUACUGGUGAAAGCGUGGUUGUAAGGACCAUUGAUCACUGCGUCGAUUGUGAACAAUCUAUUGUUCUUUCAAAAGAAGCCUUCACGAUAAUUGCUGAUCCUGAAGCUGGGACAAUUGAUGUCGAAUUUACAUUAUUAGACUGAAACCGCUCAAAAUGGGAGUAUUUGGACGGUACUCAACAUAUGAUCUAUGAGUUUGUUUUACAUUUAACUAGUGACAAAAUCAAUUGUAAGGAAUAAAAGGUAAGGUUCAGAUUGCAGAAGCAUGCAACAAUUGAGUGCAAGAAUUUCAUCUCGC